AUGCAGGUCCUCCGCGACCUCCUCAUCUCCGCGACCACCGUGCUCUUCGUGCACGACAUCACACCGCACAGCCGCAGACUCGCCGCGUAUCGCCGUUGCCACGUGCUCGCCGCGUGCCGCAGCCGAUGCCUCCAUGAGAGGAGGCUGGCGUCCACCAAUGGGGCACCGGUGGUGGGCGGUGUGAAGAACAGUGAGGGGCACCGCGUGUGGUGGGGCGCCCCCAGCCGCACGCUUGACGGCGUGCUGGAGUACCUCAAGGGCGGCAACGACCCGCCACUGGCAUACCCUCCACCGGCGGCCGCCCCGGCCCACCACCGACGCGCCGGGCAAUGGAUGCUCAGGAGCUUUGGUUCCUCCUCGUCUUCCUCCUCGCACUCCUCCUCACGCUCUUCUUCCCACUCCUCCAGCUCUCCGGCGUUGCUCGGCGUCAAGGCCGAGCCAGCAACAGAGACGCCGCUCGGUCGGCGCACUCGCAGCGCCGACAUCAUCAUAAACAAUGGCGGCCGGCGCGCCUCCUCGUCGGCUCCUCCGAGCUUCGUUAAGCCAAAGACGGAGCUGGGGCUUCCCGCCGUGAAGACGGAGCACGGGGACGUGGAGGUCGACGACGAGGCGGCCCUGAAAUGGGCGCGCAAGAACUACCUCAGGAUUGAGAUGGAGCGCCAGCGUGCCGCCCUGCAGCGCUUCGAGCAGCGCCGCCGGGGCCGCGAUGAAGGAGCAUAUCCCACACCACUGAUGGAAAUAUCAAUUCUGCUCUCUCAAGAGCUGCUCAUCUCCACAGCACUCGUGGUACUUGUUCCCCUAUACUACUUGUGCUUGAGGGCUAGUUGUAGACCAAACAACCAACCAGUGCUGCCCACAAAUUGGCCAAUACUCCACAUGUUCCCUUCCUUCGUGUCCAACCUCCACAACUUGCAUGACUAUUUCACCCUAGUCUUUGCUGGAUCCGGCCACAGCUUCAGGGCGCAUGGCCCACCUGUCAGCGGCAUGAGGUUCUUUAUCACAUGUGACCCUGCCAACGUCCGACACAUCUUCACAACCAAUUACGCCAACUUUCCCAAGGGUACGAGGUUUGCCGAUAUAUUCAACAUCCUGGAUGGAAGCCUAUUCACCAUUGAUGGCGAGCCAUGGCGUCGGCGGCGCGCCAAAGUCAAGGGCUUGCUUGCUAGCCCACGACUAGUUGCCAGUAUGGUGGCUUGCUGCUGCCGGAAGGUGGAGAAUGACCUCCUCCCGUUGUUUACCCACAUGUCAAACACAAACACUCCAUUCGACAUGCAACAUAUGAUGUCCAGGUUUAUGUUUGACCUGGCUGCUACGCCUCUCUUCGGUGUUGAUCCUGGCCUCCUAUCAUCGGAAAUGCCACCCAUGGAUGUCGCGGUUGCCUUGGACACAGUCAUGGAGGUGGGAUGCUUUCGGCACAUGAUGCCAUCUUCUUGCUGGAAACUGAUGAGGUGGUUAAACAUCGGUCCUGAGAAAAAGCUCAAUGUGGCGCACACACUGCUACGAAGGUUCAUCAAGGAGAUGAUGGAAAGGAGGAAGAUCAAGACGUGGCAAGUUAAUAAUGAUGAGGAAGAACAAGGUGUGGAUAUUGUAUCUUUCUUCCUCGAUGACCCAUACUACGCUAAUGAUGACUUGUUUUGUGCUAUCACCAUUGGCUACAUGCUCGCUGCGAGGGACACAGUUGGAAUAGCCCUGACAUGGAUCUUCUACAACCUCGCCCAGAACCCUAACAUCGUUUCAAUCAUCCGCAACAAACUCUCACCGAUUGCAUCACACAAAGUAGUAGCUGGUGUUGGCACUAUGGUGAUAUUUGAGCCGGAUGAGACCAGAUCUUUAUCCUAUCUUAGGGCUGCCUUGUAUGAGACUCUCAGGUUGUACCCGCCGGCGCCUACUGAGCUCAAGACGGUGGUCGCUGAUGAUACAAUGCCGAGUGGCCAUGAGGUGCAUGCCGGCGACGCCAUCUUUAUUUCUCUCCAUUCCAUGGGGAGAAUGGAGGGCAUACGGGGUAAGGAUUGCCUUGACUAUAACCCAGACAGGUGGCUCUCGAAGGAUGGCAAUGGUCUAAGGUAUGUACCAUCUCACAAGUUCCUGGCCUUUAACUCGGGGCCAAGGAUGUGCCUCGGUAAGGAAAUCGCGGUUAUGCAGAUGAUGACUGUCGUGGCCUCAACGCUAUGGAACUUCGAUGUGCAUCUGGUGAAAGGGCAAAGCAUCGAGCCCAAGGCAUCUUGUAUACUAGAGAUGAAAAACGGGCUUAUGGUUAAGCUGAAGAAGCGAGAAGUGUAA